GGAUCUCACUAAACAUUAUCAGCACAUGUUGGCAAUGGUUUUUGCUAUAGAAACAAUCAACAAGGACCCAAAUAUUCUAUUCAAUAUGUCUCUGGGAUUCUAUCUCUUCAAUGUUGACUUUAUUGUAAUGAAGGCCACGGAAAGUUCUAUGGUAUUGUUCUCAGGAGAGAGACCACCGAUUCCUAACUACAGCUGCAGGCCCGAGAAGACUAAUAAGCUGGUUGCAGUGAUAGGAGGGUAUUCCACAGCAAUAACAGCUGAGAUCUCUCAAAUCCUAAGUCUCUACCAUGUCCCACAGAUCAGCUAUGCUCCUUUUGAUCAGAAUCUUGCAAGCAGAGUCCAGCUCCAGUCUCCUUACCAGUUUCCUGUGCACACUACAGCUCUGUGUCAGGGAAUUAUUCAACUGCUUCUAUACUUCACUUGGGUCUGGGUUGGCCUUGUAGUUCCCGAUGAUAUGAGGGGAGAACUCUUCAUUAUGGAACUCACAGAAGAGAUGAUCAAGCAUGGACUUUGUGUUGCAUUUGCAGUAAGGAUUCCAAUAUUUCCUUUUCAGGGUAAGGUAAAGUUGGAAAAUUUUGGAAAACAAUUCCCGUUGGCACAGGUUAUCCUUGCAUAUGGUGAGUCAUAUGCUUUUUCCUGGAUUGUCCUUUUCAUCCCAAUCUGGACUCGUGGUAAUGUCUGGAUCACAAAUUCUGAUUGGUAUACCAUAUUUCCUCAUUUCCAAAAUCAAGUUUCUACAUACUUUGGUGGAGGAUUAUUAUUUUCAGAUCACAUGGAUGAAAUUCUGGGAUUCAAGGAUUUUCUCAGAAGUCUUCAACCUAGAAAAUACCCUCAUAAUAUCUUUAUCCAGGAUAUGUGGUCGAUCUUAUUUGAAUGUCCAUAUUUGUUUCGGCACAAAGUCAGGGAACUAAGUCAAUGUGAGCCAAAUGGCAGCCUGAGCACACGACCUCUGCAUGUUUGGGAUAUGAAUACCUCACCCUCAAGCUAUAAAAUCCAUGCUGCUGUGUAUGCCAUUGCCCAAGCACUCCAUGAGGAGCUGUCACUCAGAGUGGAAGGAGAUUCAUUUGAUAGAGGUGUACUCCAGUCUGUUCUCCCAUGGAAGGUAGCAACCUGUUCUUUAGUUUUCCUAGUGCAUUGGGCUCUGGAUUCUAAGUGCUACACUUUGAUUCAUGAUCUUUCAUAUUUAGGUUUAGAGAAAUUUUCUUAUGCUAGCAUAGUUCCUUAUGCUACCUUCUCCUUCCUCAAAGUACUCAUGCUUAUUUCAGCAGCAUAA